UAGCGGUGUCAAAACGGUCACCGUGCUGAAGCAGUGUUUUCAAUCGGGGUUUUAAUAGCGUUAAUGAUUAAAUGGCGACUACACCGGAGCCGCAGAAACGCUACAUCUGCUCUGUUUCCGGCUGCGCGGCGGCUUACAACAAGCAGUGGAAACUGGACGCUCAUCUGUGUAAACACACCGGAGUGAAGCCGCACACAUGUGGGCAGGACGGCUGCCGGAAGUCCUUCUGCAGCUCCUACCAUCUGACCCGACAUGAGCUCACACACACCGGGGUGAAGCCCUUUCAAUGCACCGAGGACGGCUGCAAGGAGGCCUUCACCACCAACACAAACCGAGCCAGACACAUGACUAGAGUCCACACUCAGGAGCACAAGAAGUACGAGUGCAAAUAUGAAGGCUGUGGGCUGGAGUUCAAGAAGAAGGAGCUGCUGAAGUCCCACAUGUGUGAGCAGCACACCCUGUUACCCCCUUAUAAGUGCACUCAUGAAGGCUGUGAGAUGAGGUUCACUGUGCCCAGUAAGCUGAAGAGGCAUGAGAAGGUGCAUCAAGGUUACCCCUGCAAGGAGGAGGGCUGCAGCUUCACAGGGAAGACGUGGACGGAGUAUCUGAAGCACAGGAAGGAGCAGCACAGGCCCACAUUGAAGUGUGAGCAGUGCAACAAGGAGUUCAAGGACUCCUGGUUCCUACAGCAGCAUCAGUACGUGCACUCUGAGACCCGGGUGGUACUCAAAUGCCCCAGAGAGGGAUGUGACAGAUCCUUCACUAAGAUGUUCAACCUGCAGAGCCACAUCAGCUCCUUCCACGAAGAGGAGAGACCCUUCACCUGUCCCCACGCAGGCUGUGGGAAAACCUUCGCCAUGAAACAGAGUCUGCAGCGUCACAACAUCGCUCACGACCCGCAGAGGAAGAAGAUCCAGAGGCAGCAGGCGAAGAGAUCUCUCGCUUCCAGGUUGAGCGGUUUGAGUGACACGAAGAGGUUGGUUUACAAGAAGACCAGGCAGACGGAGAGGAAGCCUGCGCAGACACAGAGCGAUCCUCCGGGUCCUGUGGAGCUGGUGUCUCUGCUGCAGGACACGUCCCUGCUGUGCAGCCCCGCUGUGGACACGCAGGGACUCACUGACGCCCUGACAUCCCCUCUGACUGUGUAGACUCAGAGAGUACAUGUCCUGCACGAUCAUGUAAUGGUUGUUUGAGGUCAAAAACAGGUCCUUAUCUCGGACACUGUUUUGGUUUUGUAGGCAGGAGUCUAAAGAACAAACAAAGUUGAAAAUGAAUCCUCGCAGCGAGAUAUUUUGACUUGGAUCUUUAACCCUGGCUGGUUUUUAUGCAUGGUGUUAGUCUGUGUUUAAAUGAUUCUUUUGGGGCUUUUCUGGAGUCAUUAAAUCUCUCUUUCUGUAUUUUAUAUCUUAGGAUAUGUUUUUAACCCAGCAUGGUACAAAACGUCAACAAUGAACUUACCCUCAGAACACCUGACUAGACUCAAUCAAAGGGAAAGCUUUGUUAUGCAAUAUCUUCUACUUCGGUUGUUGGAGGUCUUGGUGUUGUGUCUGUGGGGAAACAAUGAGAUACUGUUUGGUUUGUAUGGAAGAGGAUUAGGGUUACACGAGAAGAAAUACAUUGUACUUUUGGUCAAAUGUGUUAAUAAUAAUAAUAAUUCCUUACAUUUAUUAUAGCGCUUUUUCCAGAUGCUCAAAGCGCUUUACAAAUACACAUUACACAUAUUUUUUAUAUAUGCAAUGGUCACUGUGGACAAUACCCACAGGAGCAAGUUCAGGUGAAGUGUCUUGCCCAAGGACACAACGGCUUUACAGACGCAGCAGCGGCGGGUUUCAUCCCUUGAUCUGAUGAUCAUUGCACAGCGCACUGCGCCACACCGUCCAUCUUCACGCCUCGAAGUCAUCGAGGCGCUUUUACAAGUACACGUUAGUAUCAUACAUGUACUGUGGACAAUACCUACAGGAGCAAAUCCGGGUGAAGUGUCUUGCCCAAGGACACAACGGCCUGACGCAGUGGCGGCAGGAGCGGGUUUCGAACUGGAGUUCCCCAGCACCCCCCUUGAUCAGAUGCACAGACCACUGCGCCAGCCGUCCCACAUGUUCUCAUGUGGACCUAAUCCUCUAAACAAAACAAAAAAACCUUGAGUUGAUUUAUUUUGAUUCGUGAUGAUUCUGACAAAUAUUCUGUCCCGAUGUCUUUUUUCUGUGUUUAAAUGAUUUUUGGAGACUUUUCUGGAGCUAUAAAAUCUAUUUGUAUGUAAUUUAUACCGAAGAAAAUAUAUGACUUUGCACAAAGACAGGGUUUGUUCCAAUAACACCUGAUCAUGAAUGGAUGUUGUGUCUAGUAUUUUUUAAAUAAGGACUUAAUGUCUUGUCUGAGAGCCUGCUGUCAAAGUCAGGAGCUGAUCACUUUCAAAGAAGUGUCCUCAAGACACAUUGUGAUCUGGGUUUUGGCUGUUAAUUAAUCCAAAUGUGGCUAUUUAAAAGUCAUUAUAUAACCUGACCUGUGAUGAAUGGACAACCUGCUCUACCUCCUGAAGUCCGACAUGUUCAAUAAUGACCUUUUCUGUUUAGGAUGAUGGUAAAAAAAACAGUCAAAUGUUGAACCGCAUACAAACCUGCGAGUUAGAUAAUACUGUAACCAUGUUUUUGAAACUCAAAAGAAUCCAUGCGUGUAAAACAUCCUAUGCUGUAGUGUAAUUACUACACUAACAUGUCAAAUGUAUUGUAUAUUCUACAUUAAAAGCGAUGUACAUACAGUA